AUAAUUUCUCUCCACCGCAACUCAAUUGGAAUUAGUCGCGUGCACGGUCAACAAUUCAACAAAAGGACCCCUGGGGAAUCUCUGACCGCAACAUCAAACAUUCAAAUCAAAGAAACUUUUGUCUUAGGCGCAAUUGAAACAUGUCAUCCUCAACUGGUUUGAGCCGAACACGCUCACUUCGUAAACCUACCGCGGGUAGUAACGAGACGACUACUAGAGAUGGUCCCUCGACGCGUAGCGAGGCGAGGAAUACCUCGCCGAGUAGACUACCGGUGAAGCCCACAAUGACAACAAGAUCCGCAGCAGCAGCUUCAAGUAGCACGACGACAUCACGAACUAGGACGACAUCCUCGACUAUAGGAAGACCUCUUUCGGGUGUUUAUAGCAAAGCACCAUCUACACGCACAGAUUACAGCGGAAAUGCUGGAACAAGACCCCUGGGUAGAGCGGCCUCUACACGGCAAGCCUCCUCUUCUACGACAACAACGACAGGAAGCUCAAAGGCUUCGAUAACCCGAUCUACAACUACUGCCGGUAACCGACCGAGGUCAUCCGGCGGACCACCACCCACAUCUAACAAUCGACUUAUGGGACACACACGAUCAAGAUCCAACGUAACGAGUCUAACAACCGCAACGACUCUGCGCCCCGUGUCCCAAGUAUCUUCCGCAUCCUCGGGCAUCACAAGUCCAACAACUAGCACGAUAAGCUCCUCGAGCAAUUCCAAACCAACAACCCGUUCGCAAACACACGCGCGCGUGAAAUCCCAACCUCCUCAAUCCACCACUGCUCCUACACACCACCUGACCAGCCGCCCCGCCUUCAAUACACACCAACAACAUUACAGCCCCGCGAAAUCGCUCGCUCCCAAGCCCUUGACAAGCACCUACCUGGCACCCCCCUCACCCUCCAAGCUCCCCGCCAACGUCGCCAUAUCCGCCGAGACUAGUCGUUUACAAACCGAACUCCUACAACUCUCCCUCCUCCGCCGCGACGCCCCCGCCGUUACUUCGGAAUGGCACGCAAGCGCGCGUUCCAAGCUAGAAAUCCGCUUCUCACGCCUCUCCGUAGACCACGACUCCCUCCAAGCCCAAGAACGGCGGCGCGUUGAGGCGCAAAACAUAUCCACACUCUCCCGCUGGGGCCAAGCCUCUUCCCAAAACCAAUUAGGACUAGAAGAGAAAGUGCAAAUCCUAGAUGAAGUCCUAAACGGAAUAUGGCAACUCGGGGAAUCAGGUGGACGGUAUCAACGCGUGGUCUCUGAUUUCGAGGUCUGGGCUGAUCGCAUGGCUUCUAUAAUCACCGCCCAACGGAGCGGGAAUUUGGAUGUCCUGGUUGAUGGCGAGGAAGUGAGAUUCCUGGGCGAGUUAGAUCGGUCUUGGAAACGGGAUUGUACUAGUUUACAACGUAAACUUGAAGGCUGGCACUCCGCACUACGAGAACUAGGCGACGUCGACGACGCAGACGCGGAUAAAGGCUCCGGUUUAGUCAGAGUCCUAGAUGGCUGCCGCGCGCUGGUCCGCGAUAUGUUGGCGGAACUCGCAGUCAUGGACGGCAUUGAGAGAGACGCAGCGAGAACCGAAGAUGAGUGGAUCGAGAGUAUGAAUAAAGCCAUCGAGGACGAAGACGACGAUACGCCGGCCGCGCGGGCGUAUGUGCCGCUUUGGAAGUUAGCAGCAUGAUAAACGCAUGCUUGCUUACCCGUGUACACAUACCUGUAUAUCUACCUACACCUACCCCUAUCUCCAUAUACCUCAGCCUCGGGAUACGGCCAGAGGAAAUACGAUAAUGAUAUGAAUAAUGAUAAUAAAUAAGAAUGAGCAACACGGAUAGUAUGGGAAUGGAAUGGCAUGUGACAAGAUUACCUUCUCAUUCGACAUCGAUAGCUUAGAGUAAUACUUGAGUCUCUAAAAUAAUAAUAAUAUGACGGAC